UGCAACACAUGAGGCAACUCUUUUGGAAAAUGUUGCCAUGGAGUUUGUGUCUUUUGCCUUUUGGGCAUUGCAGAGAUAUUUGCUCUGUUUAGUAGCCUCAUUUCCAGCUGCAUAAAUGAGCCAUUUUGAAAUAAACCCUCAUGGAAGUGAAGCAGCAAUGUAGACAAACAGAGACACCUAGUGGCCAAAGGCUGUUACUGCAUCCGUGAACAACACAGCCACAGGAAACAUGAAAGUGAAACAAAAACUUAACUGGUGACUGUGUGUGUGUAUAGCAACGGCGUGUUUAUGGUCCCUGGAAAAAAAGGCGCGUUAGCCGCUUUUAGCUGAGAUGUUUUGCUGCCUGGCUUCAUGGCUGCAGCCGGAGAGGAGACUGAUGUCCGGGGAGAAAGCAGGACGGUGGUUGUGUCCGGUGUGGUCGACGUGCUGCCCGCCAGCAGGAUGAUAGACAAGCUGACUAUUCAUUUCCAGAGCCGCCGGAGGAGCCAGGGUGGAGACGUCGAGGUGGUCCGAUAUCCCACCAACAUGGACGGGGUCGCUUUUGUCACUUUUGACCGAGCUAAAGAUGCGGAGAGGGUGGUGCGGAAGGAGCGACACAUCAUGACGGACAAGGAGUUUGAAGAGUCUGAAGGCUACGCUCUCACUGUGUUCCCCUUCACCAGAGAUGUGUUCCUCUAUGUCAGCAGCGCUACGGUCGAUCUCUCCCUGUUCGGCAGGGAACAAGCAACGCUCAUUCAAAGUCUGCAGUCGGCUCACAGGUCGAUACGUUUCCGGCCUUUGCUCCACCAGAGCAAAGCCACCAUUGAAGGGCCUUUAACUGCCGUCCGGGCCCUGAGAGAGGACCUCAUCCGCAGGGCCGGCCGGCUUGGAUCCCCAGUCUCGGCCCAAAAUGCCGCCGUCAAACUAAGAGGGAGUCCUCUUAAUCCGAGGGUAAUAUCUCAUCAGGAGUCUGUCAGCUCUGUAAGCUGCAGCGGUUCUAAAGCUAAGCUGGAGCCAGCGAGCUCAAACAGCUUAUCAAUGCCACUACAGACCACAGGUGAAGUCCAAAGCCUGCUCUCAAAUGCAAAAACUCAUAACGCUUCCUCGAGGCGAAAACCUUUAGAUGAGACUUGGGCUGCAGGGAGUUUUAACAGCACGUAUGGUGAUGAAGAGGCCCAGAGAGCUCGGCUCAGACUCGAGCGAGCGAAGGCCAGCCCCAGACAAGUGCUCGGAGAGGAGAUCAAUGCAGGGAUUAGAUCUUUCUUAUCAGGCCUGGACGCGCUCCCUGCAGAGGAAAUAUCAGCAGUACAGCCACGAGAAGACGAUAUUUCACAAGAACACACGAGACCAGACAGGAUUUCAGCAGCCAAGAUCAGAGAAGAGAGUUAUUUGGGCUCCCGCUACACCGACUAUCUGAAGGAAUCGGAUCAGAGCAGCUCAGCCGUCACUGCUAAGCUCCUCCAGACCAGACGUAAAGAUGUCUCGCGGUCCUCCGAGAGCGGUAGGAAGGGUACAGAAGAGCUGCCUGCAAUCUGUCCAGAGCAUCCAGAGGACACGUGCAUCUUGGUGGACUCGAACAUAUUCAGAUACAUCAAAAGGUUUGACAAGAGGGAGUUGGACAGGUGCUUGAGAGGCCUCGAGUGGUCCGCCGAGUGCUCUGAAGGCAGCGACCUUACACGGGUAUCGUUCAAGACCUCCAAGACAACCUCAAGGAUCCAGCAGGCCUUGGAAGACCUCAAGACCUUGGUGGAGGAUCGGCUGUUCACCUUAAGAGUUCAUCAGAUCGACUUUGAGGAGGGGGAGCAGCCUGAUAAACAGAAACUGAUUCAGAUCUGCAAUGCUGUGAACUUUGCAUACUAUGACGUUUUAUACAUUUUGGAGGACUCUUGCUUAAAAAUUAUCGGACCGUCAGUAUUCUCUCACCUGUUCUAUAACAGAGUGAAGGAAAAAAUCACUAAACUAAAGACAAAUCCAUGAGAGUGUAAUAGUUGGUCCAGAAAAGUAUAAAUGCACUCUUAUGAAUAGCCACAAGGUGGCGCAGUUGAGCUGCAUGUUGCAUUCCCACAGUUUGUGUCUGAAAUCAAGAUCUUAGCUUGUGUUUUUGGUACAAAGUCUCUAAUUUUUCACUCUCCUGACUAAUAAUAAGAACUGUAGAAAUGACUAAUACUCUUUUACAUCUGACUCAGAAAAUCAGUUUGGUGCUUUUAUUAAAUUUAAAAACACCAUCUUAAAAUGCUUUUGCUUGCUCUUUGUUUCCAUGGUGAAGCGUCCCUUUCGUGUACGCACCCAUUAUUAAUCAGGCCUUCAAACAGCAGGUCUUAAUCCAAACGAUGUUCUCACAGCAGUAGAGAUAAGUCUUAAUUAACCUCCUCACAUCUUAAUUACAAAAGAUAGACUUCUAAUUAAAAACAAAAAUGACAGAUGCCAACCUGUCUCACAUAAUCACGUCCUCCUAUUCCCUCGUCCUGACAUUCUUUAAUCAUUAUUGUCAGAACAUAAACCUGCGUCUGAUUUCCCCCGAUUCUGAUUCUUGUGGUGGGUUUUUUCACUAAAGUCUAGUUUAUUGCAUGACAGACUUACAGUAGAGAAUCUACUUCUGGAAGUUUUAUUAGGUAAACACAUUUAAAUACAGAAGGUGAAGGUGGUAAACAUAUAUAUAUAUAUAUAAAAUUGAUUGGAUUAAUGAAGUUAAUGCUUAAAAUGUGCUUUUGGUAAAAAAAAUAAAGAUUUUUUGCCAGUAUGGUCUUAAAUUGGAUUCAUAAUGGUCCUAAAAGUCUUAAAUGUAGCCUUUUGAAACCUGCAGAAACCCUGAAGGAAAUACUUGUCUUUGAGUGAUUGUUUGUGUCUGAUUUUUCCACAAUAAAGGUUCCUUUACCUGGUUCAAUAAAUCUUAAAAUGACAUCUAACUCCUCUCUCAUUCAAAAAUACAGAAUCUAUGAAUACAAAUAUUGUGUCUACUUCCAUUAUCAGUGUGUGUGUGUAACCUGGAGGUUUCACGUCUCCACAUCACUCAUGUGUAAGUUUCA